AUGCAGCACUACGGGGUAAAUGGCUACUCUCUGCACGCCAUGAACUCUCUGAGCGCCAUGUACAACCUGCAUCAACAGGCCUCACAGCACGCGCAGCACACACCCGACUACCGGCCCUCCGUGCACGCGCUCACGCUCGCGGAGAGACUGGCAGGUUGCUACAUAUUUUCAGAUAUCAUCUUGGAGGCACGGUACGGCUCUCAGCACAGGAAACAGCGUCGCAGCCGCACGGCCUUUACCGCCCAGCAGUUGGAGGCACUGGAAAAAACCUUCCAGAAAACUCACUACCCUGAUGUGGUCAUGCGUGAACGCCUGGCCAUGUGCACCAACUUACCUGAAGCUCGAGUCCAGGUUUGGUUUAAAAACCGCCGUGCAAAGUUCCGCAAGAAGCAACGCAGCUUGCAGAAAGAGCAGCUUCAGCAGUUGAAGGAAGCUGGGACGGAGGGCACUCUGGAAGAAGGGAAAGAAGACGCUCCACCCAUUGAAUCACAAGCUCCGCCCUCCCCUUCAGAGGGGAGUGGCCUCACAUGUCCCCCUCCCUGUGAGCUGAAUGAGGAGGUUAAUGUCACCUCACCUGAACAGUCAGGGGUGGAGUCAGGAGCUGAGGACAUUACUGACAAAGAGGAUGAAUCGUUGUACGUCAAAGAGGAACCAAAAGAGGCAGGUCCACCCCUGGUGACAGAUGACAGUUCGCCAUCCUGCAAACCACUCAGCCCCAAAUCAGAUGUGCUGCUCGAUUCUCUGUCUUUACCCUCCUCCAGUGGCAUCAGCGGCGGGGUGGCUCAGACGAAUUCCUACGCAUCAUCCCCUCUCAGUCUUUUCCGUCUGCAGGAACAGUUUCGCCAGCACAUGGCUGCCACCAACAACCUCGUUCACUAUCCUGCCUUCGACAUGACUACACCCUCUUCCUUACCCUACCUGGGCGUAAACGUGAACAUGGGGUCUUCGCUGGGAUCACUGACUUGUCAGUCUUACUACCAGUCCCUGUCUCAAGCCCAGCAAAUGUGGAGCAGUCCACUGCUACAGGCCUCCGGGGCUCUUCCUGCCCUAAAUAGCAAAACUACAAGCAUUGAAAACCUGCGACUGAGGGCGAAGCAGCAUGCUGCCUCACUAGGCUUGGACAUGCUACCAAACUGACCACAGAUGAGUAGAAAUGCACAGAUUCAUGCAGUCACUGGGGAAGAAACAUGCUCUGACUGAACUACGUGUGAAUGUUUUGUGUCCAGGAUCUACAUCAUAUUACCAUGCUGAAAUCACUCUGAACUGGAGCUAUUUCAUUAUAAUACAGCAUGGUGGAUUUGAAACUGUUUGGAAAAUGGACAACUUUUAAGUGUUAAGAAAAAAUUUAGAAAUUCCUCCUGGUCUGGCUGCAUGGCAGAGGUCAGAACACCCCUGACUUUGCACUUUGAAACAUAAAAAAAGAGCACAUCUGUGUCACAUUCAUUUAAGCUGCUUCGGGUCCACAAACUCAUUAGAAGGUUUGUGAAGCCUCUGUUGUGUAUAUUUGAAGAGAUGUUUAAAUGUUUUCAGCAUCUGUGGCUGCUACAAAGGGAUGAAAAGCAAAAGGAUGAGAGACUUCUGUAGCACCUGGACUGAUGCUCCUGAAACCAUGUCAUGUGAUUUGUCAUUUUAGAUUCUAUUGGUUAUCUCUGAUUUGUUUAAAUACAUAAAUGUGAAUAACUUAUCAGUGAGAUGAAAGGGAAUAAACCACAUAUAUUAACCAAAUGUGUAUCAGUAAUAAGUGGAUGUUCUCAGAGCUUUCUUGUUUUAGUCCAGAAGUCUCUACUUCUGACUUUAAAGGAAUAUUCCAGGAUCAAUACAAGUAAAUCAACAGCAUUUGUGGCAUAAUGUUGGUUGGUUCCCACAAAAAUGUAUUUUGACUUGACCCUGCUUUUUUUAUUAAAAGAGCAAAAAUCUGGUUUAUAGUGAAACACUUACAAUGGAAGUGAAUGGGGCCAACCAGUAAACAUUAAAACACUCACUUUCAAAAGUAUAGCCACAAUAUAUGUGUUAAUAUGAUUUUAGUGUGAUAAAAUUCCUUACUAAACUUUUCUGUGUAAAGAUAUGUACAAUUUUAAACUUUAUUGCCACGAUGAUGUAAACCCGCAAAAAAAAAUUAUGAUUUAAACAACUUUACAGCUUAAAUAAUAUACAAGUUUUAACAGAAGAAUGAAUGUACGUAAGUGCAUUUUUCUUUUGUAAUUACAAUUUUUAUUGAUUCAUAAGUUAACACAAAGAAGAAGAAAAAAACAUAUAUAUAUAAUGUAUCAAUCACU